AUAGGUUCGUUUGAAAAAGGGGCACUUUCAAAUCACAACUCGGCCGUGGCUUCUAACUUAUUUGAAGCGCAGUUUUGGUGGAUUUUGCGUUGUUGCAUUACUCGGUCAAUAUAGAUAUAUAUUUAUUUUUUUCCGGAACAUUAAAUCUACUUUUUAUAAGCCUGGUUUUUUUUUAAUAAGGAAGCAGACGUGGCCGCAGAGAUGGACGCGCUACAGAGCCAGUCGGCCGAUAAAUACGAAUAUGACGCGCCCGCACACAUCAUAGACAUGGAGGCACUUGAAAAUGAGGAUGGUGCCGAUGCGUGGUUUGAUCAGGUACUCGCUGACACCGAUAUUGGAGGCCCAGAUCAGCUCAUAACGCCCCACAAGCCUGAGAAACCUUUGGGAGGUUCAGUUAAAGCAAAUUUGCCUAGAGCCGUUGUGUCCCCUAGGAGGAAAACUGUGAAUUCCGAUACAGAGGCUGCUGCAGAUGAGGAUCCAGCCACUUCUGAUGUCCCUUCAAACAUUGUUACAUCCUGGGGUAACGGCAAGCCUUCCGCGGCGAAUCUGGCCCAACCACGCAGGGUGUCGAAGCGCCGUGAGAUGGCCUGGCGUGAGGAGAAAAGGAAGAAUGCCGCAGCACCUGGCACGCCACCUGUCAAGAAGCAGCGAAGGAGUGUGGCAGUACUGCCUGUACCAAGAACGUUACGUCAGCGAAGGAGCUCAUCCUCCCGGUCCCUGCGGCGUAGUGCGUCUUCUGGGGCUGUUGCUCAGAGGGUCCCCCAGAAAGCUCCGGGCAAGACUAAGCCUGCUGCAUCCACAGCCAUAAGGAGGGCAGCAUCUCAGAAACAUAAGAGCUCAGAGCAGCAGGAGCUGGAGCACAUUGCGGCUCUGCAGAAGGAGACCGCUGAGCACCGCAAGAAGAACGAAGCCAGCCUCAAGGCUGCUAUGGCAGGAAGCCAACCAGCAAAGAAGCCUACUCUGUGCACCACAGUGCCAGUGGACUUUCACUUCCGCACUGAUGAGAGGCUGAAGGCCUCAGAGACACCCUCCGAUGCCGCCUACAAGACGGUCGAUUUCGCAGCACAACUGCGCAAACACCCUUCCUCCCCGGCAAAGGCUCUGAGGGGUGCCACUGUGCCCAAACCCUUCAACCUGUCAACUGGCACCAAGCGCAAGUUUGAGGAGACCAAGCCCUUCGUGCCCAUGGCCCAGAUGAUAGAACAGUUCCAGAAGCAAACCCCAACCCGCUACCACCUCCGCAGCCGGCAGAGGGACGAGAAGGGUCCAUCACCAGUUAAGACGGACAAGAUGAAGAUCACCAAUCCCCAUACUCCGCAGCUGAUGACCAGGCAGAGAGGCCGUCCAGUGGCGGUGAAGAGUACUGCAGAGUUGGAGGCGGAGGAGUUGGAGAAAAUCCAGCAGUUUAAGUUCAAAGCCCUGGAGCUGAACAGGAAGAUCCUUGAGACUGCUUUGGUGCCAAAGAAGCCAGUCCCGCGGGAGAUCACGCAUCCGGAGGGCUUCGAUCUGGAGAUCGAGCGCAGGCUGCAGGCGCGCCAGGCCAGUAAGAAGCAGGAGGAGCCUGUGGACCACACCUUCCACUCCCGGCCGCUGCCCACCCGGAUUCUCGAGGAAGUGGUGGGGGUUCCUGAGAAGAAGGUGCAGAACCCAACUGUUCCUGAGUCUCCAGCCUUUGCUCUCAAGAAUCGUGUUCGUGUGGAGCGCAAAGUGGAGGAGGUGAAGCCAGCCCCUCUGAUCCGGGCCAACCCCGUCCCCCACUUCGGCCUGCCUUUCCAGCCAAAGCUGCAAGAGAUGCGACAGGUGGAGGUGUGCCCCUUCUCCUUUGAGGCCCGUGAGCAGGAGCGUAUAGCACUGAAGGAGAAGAGACUGGAGGAGCAGCGACGUGAGGAGGUCCACAAGUUCAAGGCCCUGCCGCUGCCUGACUUCCAUGAGGUCCACCUUCCUGAGAAGAAGCCGCUGGAGCCCACCAAAGCCGAGCCCUUCCGACUCCUCCUUGAUGAGCGUGGAGUUGCCAAGAGUGAGCGCUGGGAGCUAAAGAUGAAGGAGGAACUGAAGCAGCAAGCUGAUGCAGCCAACUUCAAGGCUCGUCCCAGUGCAGUUGUCCAUAAGGAGCCCUUUGUACCCAAGAAGGAGAAUCGCCCAGCAUUUGAAACCAUUUCUCACUCUACAGUGUCAGACGUGUUCCAGUUGAGUACAGAACGAAGGGCUAAAGAAAGGCAGGAGUAUGAUCGUGCCAUGUCUGAGAGGGAGGCUCAGCGGGCACACAUGGAGGAGCAGGAGAGAAAGGAGCGUGAGGAGAAGGAGAAGGAGGAGAUUACUCACCUCCGACAGGAGCAGGUUCACAAAGCACAACCAAUCAGGCGCUACAAACAGCUGGAGGUGAAGAAGAGUGAGAUCUCACUUACUGUGCCCCAGUCUCCCAACUUCUCUGAUCGUUUCCGUUUUUGAGGCCCUCUGGAUUGCUCCCUCUUAGCAGCAUGUCUAAUGGAAAGGAGGGUUUCCCCUCAGUAUUUCUUUUUAAAAAGAAUGGAGUAGAGCAGAUUUCCCCCCAGUCUGGUCCAUGGGGAUUCACAGACAAUCCACGUUUUUGCUCCAGAGCUGGGAGAGAGCAAAAACAUGGACUGGCUGUGGGUCCCCGAGGACUGGAUUGGGAAACGCCGGAGUACAGAUUGCAGUUACUGCUGGAGUGCCAGCAGUUAGCACAGGAGCAGAUCUCCAGUGCUGCCCUCUGUGGUGAAUGGAAUUGGCCUGUUUUGUAUAUACAAUGCCUACUCUUCUUAUAUCCUGUGUGUUUACUUAAAUGCUUCAGUUUUUCUGUUCUGAAUUUUGUAUAUUUUACAUCAAGUCUUAUCCCGAAGAAUAAUUUAUGUACAUUUCUACCAGUCGGUUUACAAUAAAAGACCUUUUUAAAAACACA